AUGGCCGGGCCCUCUGCGCCACUGUGCGCAGGGGGCACGUGGGCCUGUGGCAGGAGAUCUAGGUCGUUUUGGAGCUCGGACUCCCUGGAGCAGGCUCCGCGGGUUCCCGCCCCAGCGCCCCGCGCCCACACCUGGCGGGCAGGCGGAUCGCAGGGGACGUCCCGACCAGCGGUCGCCUCGGUUCGUGCAGCACGACUUGCACCGGGGCAGCGCGCAGGCCCGUUGAGGCAGAACGUCUGGUGGGGGCACCUCUCGGUGGCCUUCAUCGCCGUCCCCUACGUCCUGCUGUGGAUGCUCGCCGGCCCUCUCGUCGUGCGCGCGUGGCUCGCCCUGUUCGGCACCGGGGCUCCGCAGCGGUGCGCCGCCUGCGCAGCGUGGCUCGUGUUCGGCCCCCUCUUCGUCGUGGCGCUCGACCCGCUCGUGGCCGUCCAGUACCCCACGCGGCAGCCCAGGAGCUCGUUACUCCUGAGCUUCGUGCGCCUGCGGGCGCUCCUCGUGAGCAUGGUCGAGUCGCCGGCGCAGGCGGUCUUGCAGUCGCGGGUGUUCUGGUUCAUGGCGGGCAGCCAGUACGUGGACGUGGCGUUUCCCUGGACGCUGCUGUUCUCGAUCUGCACCUCCUGCCUGAGCUUCGGCCUCGCGCUCGUGGAUGUCUGCGAGAGGAUGGCGCAGCAGGAGGUCUCCUUCCUGACAUGUGUGGUGGACAUGCUCUGCGUCGGGAUGGGCUGGAGGGCCCCGCUUCUUCACGUCCUGGAGCUCCAGACCAGGGCGUCGUACGAGUGUGAGGGCGCCCUGACCGACGAGCACUGCAGGCAGAUCGCGCUGGCAGCUCGCGCCAGCACUGUGCUGGAGCACGUGGAGUUCACCGAUGGCAACGGUCUCAGCGCAUUGGGCAUUGUCGCCCUGUUGGAGACAUUCAGUGGGCCCGUGAACAGCGUGUCCUCGAUGGCCGUCGGCGAGUGGUGCCGGUUCGGCAAGCAGUACGUUCUCCUGGGCUUCGCUGACAACUCCAUCUUCGACGAUGAGUUUCUGGAGAGUCUGGCGCAACACCUGCCCAGCACCGCCCAGACCAUCCAGCUGGAUUUCGGCGGCAACCAGCAGUUCACGGACCAGGGGCUGCUGCGGCUAGCGGAGUGCCUGCCGAGCACUGCUAGGAGCGUCCGCUUAAACUUCGGGGGCAGCCAGAAGUUCACAAACUGGGGGCUCGCGAUGCUGGCGGAGCGCUUGCCGAGGACCACCCAGAGUGUCCACCUGGACUUCCGCGACAACGAGAACUUCACGGACCGGGGCCUGGAGCUGCUGGCCAAGCACCUGCCGAGCGAGUCCCAGAGUGUGCAUCUGGACUUCCGCUGCAACAGGAACUUCACGGACGGGGGCCUGGAGCGGCUGGCGGAGCACUUGCCGAGCGGAGCCCGCAGCAUCCACCUGAACUUCCGCGGCAACAAGAACUUCACGGAUCGGGGCCUGGCGCGGCUGGCGGAGCGCCUGCCGAGCGGCGCCCGCAGCGUCGAGCUGGACUUUGGCUGCAACAAGAAGCUGACGGACCGGGGCCUCGAGCGCCUGGCGGAUCAGUUGCCGAGCGCCGCCCAUGCCGUCCAGCUGAACUUCAACUACAACAUGAACUUCACGGACAGGGGCCUGGAGCGGCUGGCGGAGCGCUUGCCGAGCGCCGCCCAGCGCGUCCAGUUGGACUUCGGGUGCAACCUGAACUUCACGGACCUCGGGUUGGAGCGGCUGGCGGAGCACCUGCCCGUCGGCGCCUGUGUCGUAGAGCUGAAUUUUCAUUACAAUCAGAGUUUCACCGACAGGGGUCUGGACCGGCUGUCGGAGCGUUUUCCGCGCGCCGCGCAGAGAGUCCAUCUUAAUUUUGGCGGCAACCAAAACUUCUCCGCCAGGGCACUGGAGCGGCUGAGGGGGCGCUUGCCGACCCCUGGCGACAACUUGGAGGUGGGAGGCAGUCUGGAUGACGAGAUGGCGGGAUCGCCGAGCCCCAGCGUGCGGCUGGAUUUCGGGAGCGACGGCAUGAGCGACGAUGAGGGCUGA